ACUAAGCUGAAUCGGAGUCAGGCUGGGACCAGAGGAAGCGAAAAGUACCAGCUGGACAUUGGACUGCAGCUUCAGAGGAACAUGCCAGUUAAAAAUGGCUACAAAUGGGAACAGAAAUUUCAAGAGCAGAUGAGACAGGAAAUACCGUGGGUUAAGUGGACCCUGAAGUUGGAUAAAAACAUCACUCCAGACUUCCCUCGCCCUGGGUGGAUGCAGUAUCAGCAGAGAGUAUUUGGCAGGUUUUUGUGUGCACUGUGCAACCGAAGUUGGACUUCUGCCCAAAUAAUCACUCUGUGCCACUUCUACUUGGAUCCUUGGAAAUCCCAGGGCCAGGUGCUUAUGCGGAUUUUUGCUCAGAAGUGCAACAAUUGCUCCAGCUGGCGAUCUGAAAAUCCUGAGUUCUCUACAAAAAGUGUCACACGGAUUCUGAAAAACCUUGUCCAGUACAUCCUGCAUGUAUACUAUGGAUAUGAUUUUGAGGAGAUACUAGUUAUCUGGGAGGUGCCUUUGGAUGAGCCUCCUAACAGAGGCAACAUUGUGGGGUUUGCUGUAAGGGACUCAUUAAAACACCAAACAAAGUCUUCCCUAUCUCUACCUUCCUCUCAGAAGAGCUGUCGAUCCUCACCUCGUUCACAUGAGGACAUUAUCCCUGAACCCCAAAGACCCCUAACAGCAGGUGAAAAGCUCAUGCUUUUCUGUGUUGUCAUGCUUUGUCUUAUUUUGGGCCAGAUACUACACUAAACUUAAUUUUUUUAAGUUUACUUGUUUCCCCCCCCUUUUAGUU